AGUCAUUGUGUUCGAGGAAUCAUAGCUCUGACAAGCUCAUUGAACAUAGUGGACCAUCAACACGGGAUACUAGAAAACCAAAGUUGAUUUUUUACAGCUUCUGCUGUGAGACUAAGAAGGCCUCACUAUGAGUAAACCAAAAGACAGCAGCACCUCAUCAUUCACUCUGGAGACGGAUGACCAGACAGAGGAGGAGAGGUCAAAGGCCAAACAGAUGAAGAAAGGUGCUUUAAAGGACAAGAGGCCCAUGGAUUCUAACUACCUGGAUGACAUACAUGAACCUACAACCACAAUUAAAUUUAACCUAAACUUUGACAGGGGAAUCAGAAACGUAAAAGAGGAGCCGGCUCAACAGGACAGUGGGAGGUUUACCAUCAAGAGUCUGUUUGAGGCCGUGUCCAGUGGCGAGGUGUCGAAACUGCAGGGUUUACAUCAGUACCUGCACAAAAACAUGAAACGCCUCACCGACUCUCAAUAUAAGUCCAAUGGAAAGACAGCCCUGCUGAAAGCGCUUUUAAAUUUGAGGAAAGGCGAGAAUGACACUAUUGAACAUCUGCUGGACAUUGCAGAGAAACUGGGAGAUUUAAAAAAUCUUGUCAACGCUGCUUACACAGACAGUUUCUACAAAGGUCAGACAGCGCUCCAUGUUGCGAUUGAAAGGAGGAGUGCAAAAUUUGUACAGAUGCUGGUUAAGAAAGGGGCCGAUGUCCAUGCUAAGGCCUGUGGGAAAUUCUUUCAACCCAAUCAAGAAAUGUGCUUCUAUUUUGGUGAGUUGCCCUUGUCGCUGGCCGCUUGCACUAAUCAGCCAGACAUUGUGGACUUCCUUAUGGACAACCCUUACCAGGCGGUGGAUGUCAGGGAGAGGGACUCUCAUGGGAACAUGGUGCUUCACGCACUAGUAUCCAUAGCUGAUAAUAGUCCUGAAAACACAGAGUUUGUCAUUGCCAUGUAUGACCACAUCUUAAUCAAAGCCUACCAACUUCACCCCAAGAUCAAACUGGAGGAAAUCGAAAAUAAUAAGGGACUCACACCAAUCCAACUAGCCGCCAAAACAGGAAAAUUGAGGCUGUUUAAGCACAUUGUCCAGCGGGAGUUUAAGGGGUGCAGACAUCUGUCCCGCAAGAUCACGGAGUGGGCCUACGGUCCCGUGUGCUCGUCUCUGUAUGACCUCGCCUCCCUUGACACCUACGAGAAGAACUCCUCGCUGGAGAUAAUCGUUUAUGGCAGUGAGAUUCCCAAUCGCCACGAGAUGCUCCAUAUUGAGCCACUUAACAGACUAAUUGAAGAAAAGUGGGAUAGAUUUGCGCAACGGAUGUUCAUGUUCAAAUUUAUCGUUUAUAUUAUCUAUCUUUUCAUCUUCACUGCUGUAGCAUAUAACCGUGAAGAAGGGAUUGACCACAGGAACAACCAAUCAUCAAAUCCUCCGUUUCAUUAUGAAAAAGAUACUCAAGGCUACUUGCUUCAGACAGGGCAGAUCAUAACUCUCAGUGGAGCACUAUACUUCUUUAUUAGAGGGUUAAUAGAUAUGUUAAGGAAGCGUCCGAGAUUUCAGUCCCUGGUCAUAGACGGAUAUAGCGAUCAGCUUUUUUUUCUGCAGGCCAUGCUUCUCUUGGUCUGUGCUGUGCUGUACUGCUUUGGUCAGGAUGAAUUUCUGGCCUUUCUAGUGCUGAGUCUUGCCUUGAGCUGGGUAAACCUGCUUUAUUUCUCCAGAGGGUCCAAACAUAUGGGAAUCUACAGUAUCAUGAUACAAAAGAUGAUUCUUGGAGAAAUUCGUCGAUUCCUUGUUGUGUACAUGGUCUUCCUCAUUGGGUUCUCUGCAGCUGUGGUCACUCUCCUUGAUAAUAAAACUACCAAGAGUCGAUCUCUUUUUGAGGCUUCUAAUGGAAAUGAGGACUGCAUGAAGCCCACAUACAAGGACAUCUACUUCACCACUCUGGAGUUGUUCAAGUUUACAAUUGGCAUGGGAGAUCUGGAGUUCACUGAGGAUUAUAAAUACAAGGAGGUCUUCUAUGUGCUGCUGAUUCUGUAUAUAGUGAUGACAUACAUUCUGAUGCUGAACAUGCUGAUCGCUCUGAUGAAUCAAAGCGUGGAGGAGAUGUCCGUAGAGAGCACUAGCAUCUGGAAACUACAGCGUGCAAUCACCAUCUUGGACAUGGAGUGGAUUCUUCCCCAUUGUCUGAAGACAAAGCUUCGCUCAGGGGAAGAGAAGGACCUGGGCGGAGGGCAAGAGCCUGAUCGACGCUGGUGCUUCAGUGUGGAGGAAGUCAACUGGAACCAAUGGAACAGAAACAUGGGAAUAAUUAACGAGGAUCCUGGGACAUGCACGAGUUUACCUUCCACAACUAAACCUCAGAGAGAGCCCAGUCAGCGUGGACUCCUACAAACGCUCAGUAAGCGCUGGACACAGAGACCACCGCGCAGAGAUGUACAGGAGCUGGAUCCUCUAGCUGAAGCCUCUACCUCCGUCUGAUGCUUUUAUAAUCACUAUCUAUUGCACUGUCUAUUUUGCAAUUCCCUUUCAUUACAACUGGUGUAGGAAUAA